UCUAAUCUAGGGCUUGGGAGAAAGCUUCUCUUCUCGAAGUGAGAGCAUUGUAUCCGUGAAAACUUGUAAGUCUUUUGAUAUUCAAGUUAUUGAAGUGUUUGUGAGUGUUUUCAUCCAAGAAAUUUUGCAUUUUUCCACCGUUUUUGGACUGUUUUUCUUGGAUUCCGAAAAUUACAAAUUAAGAUCCAUCAAAGUGGUAUCAGAGCGCUAGAUCCACAAGGAAGGGAUGGGUACACGAAGGAUUGAAUCUAUUGAAGAGAAAGUUGGAGAGUGGGAAGUGGAGUUCACCGCCCUUAAGGAGAAAUUUGCAUCCGUUGAUGAAAAGCUUGAUGGAGUAAAGGAGUUGAAGACUCAAAUGUUAGGGUUACAAGAGAUGAUCAAACAAAUGGUGGCGGGCCAACACAACAUAGGGGGUUCGGUUAACCCUAACCCUAACCCUAUCCCUAUUGCGCCGCCGGUUGAUGGUGAAGGAGGUAGUAGGGUUCGUGAGGGACCUAAUGCAAAAGGGAAGGAGGCCAUUGACAUUGUCAACCAUGGAGGGGAUGCUUGGUCCGCCGGCCCAAGGGGGGGCAGGUAUGGCCCAAACCGUGGAGGGGAGGACUACUCCACCGCCGGAUUUAUGGGAGACGCUAGGGCAAGCUAUACUCAGAAUCAUCCAGAUCAAUUUGUCCAAGGAAGGGAGGGAGGAAGCAUGCCUUACAAUCAGUGGGGAGGAGGAUCGUAUCGAGGCAGAGGGGAGGCCGACCCUAGGGAGCCUCAUUGGGGGUCGGCUGGUUAUGCAAGGGGGGAUCCGGUGGCACCUCAAGCUUGGGAAAGAAGGGAGAGUCGUGGGGUGGACCCACGGCCAUGGGAGAGGCAACCAGAGGGGAGAUAUGGGCAAGGAGGUAUGGGCAACGGCAGGGUAAACGGGAGAGGAGAAUGGGGAAUGAGGAAGUUGAAGCUUCCAAUCUUUGAAGGAGAGGAUGCUUAUGGGUGGAUCUUCAAGGCAGAAAGAUACUUCACAGCGAUGGGGAUGACAGAUGAGGAGAAACUCUUGGCGGUACCUUUAUGUUUGGAGGCAAGAGCCCUUGCUUGGUAUCAGUGGACGGAAGAAAGACAGAGAUUCAGAUGUUGGGCAGAGUUUAGGGAGAUGUGCCUAGACCGCUUCAGACCACCAAAGGAGGGAACUCAUCAUGAGCAGUUCUUUGCACUGACCCAGACUGGUACAGUAUCUGCUUAUAGGGACAGGUUCGAGUUGCUGUCCAGUAGGCUUCGUGGGAUGACAGAUGAGGUGCUUGAGGGAAAUUUCAUGAAGGGUUUGAAGCCCCACAUUCGAUCAGCAGUUAGAGCGGCCAAGCCAAGGAGUUUGAGGGAGACUUUGGAGAUGGCUGAGCUGAUAGAGGAUAGAUUGUCUUCUGAUCAAUACCGCAGACCUACUUUCUUCGGAGGGGGACAGAAGGUGGCAAAUCCUACGGGAGGAGCCAAGGGUGCUUACUUGGGGGCAGGAGGAGAAGGACAGAAGGAGAGGGAUCGGAGUGCACCGGCCAAGGGGGAGUUUAGGCGGCUCACUGAGGCAGAGCUGAAGGAUAAAAGAGCCAAGGGGCUCUGUUACAGGUGUGAUGAGAAAUUUGGGCCAGGGCAUAGGUGCAAGGACAAAUUACUCCAAGUCCUAUUGGUAGAAGACCCCGAGGAGGAGGAAGUUGAGGAAGAGUUAGGAGGGGAAGAAGAAGGUGUAGAUCAUCUACAUCUUGACAUGAUUGAGGUUUCCCUCAAUUCAGUGGCAGGGUUGACAGCACAUUCCACCAUGAAGAUGGAAGGGAGGAUCGGGAGCUUUACAGUCACAGUGCUGAUAGACAGUGGGGCCACCCACAACUUUAUAGCUUGCAGAUUAGUGGAAGAGUUGGGCAUUCCCAUGAUCCAGGGGAGAGGAGUGGGAGUCUCUUUGGGGACCGGUCAGAAGGAGCAGUGUGCGGGAAGAUGCAGUGGAGUUACUCUCUCCAUACAGGGGGAAGAUAUUACCCAAGAUUUUCUGGUGCUCGAGCUGGGUAAUACGGAUGUUAUUUUGGGUAUUCAGUGGUUACAAACUCUGGGGGAGAUGAAGGUCAACUGGAAGACCUUGAUGUUGGAGUAUGGUGAAGGGGAGCAUCGAGUUACUUUGCAUGGGGACCCCAAACUAUGCCGGUCUAAGGUGGCUCUGAAGACUAUUCUCAAGUCCCUUAGGAGUGAGGGGGAAGGGUUUCUGAUAGAGUUAUGGCGAUUGGAGGGUAGUGAGCCAGUGGAGGAGCAGAAUAUUCCAGAAGAGGUGGGAGAGCUGUUGGAGGAAUUCACCCCAGUUUUUCAGAUGCCAGCAGGGCUACCCCCACAGAGAAGCAAGGAGCACGCCAUUGUACUGAAAGGAGGAGCUGAUCCAGUUAGUGUGCGGCCCUAUCGAUAUCCUCAUGCUCAAAAGGAGGAGAUUGAGAAGCUAGUCAGGGAAAUGAUGGAAGCGGGGGUUAUCCAGCCGAGCGUGAGCCCUUUUUCGAGCCCCGUACUUUUGGUAAAGAAGAAGGACGGUAGUUGGCGAUUUUGUGUUGAUUAUCGGGCUCUCAACAAGGAGACUGUUCUAGACAAGUUUCCAAUUCCCGUUAUUGAUGAGCUUCUUGAUGAGUUGGGGGGUGCUACAAUGUUCUCCAAACUUGAUUUGAAGUCCGGAUAUCAUCAGAUCCGGAUGAGGAGGGAGGACAUCCCCAAGACUGCUUUCAGGACUCAUGAAGGACACUAUGAGUUCUUGGUGAUGCCUUUUGGGCUCACCAAUGCUCCUUCUACAUUCCAGGCCCUGAUGAACCAAGUGUUUCAACCCAUGUUGAGGAGGUUUGUUCUAGUGUUUUUUGAUGACAUUCUGAUCUAUAGCAGGUCCCUACAGGAGCACUUGGAGCACUUGAGGAAGGUUUUGAACACUUUACAACAUCAUCAGUUGUAUGUCAAUCAAAAAAAGUGUUCUUUUGCUCAAAGAAGUGUGGAAUAUUUGGGGCACAUUAUCUCAGCAGAAGGGGUGGCAGCUGACCCUUCCAAGGUGGAGGCCAUGACGAGCUGGCCAACUCCUAAGAACCUUCGGGCUCUCCGGGGCUUCUUAGGACUCACAGGAUACUACAGGAAGUUCAUAAAGGGGUAUGGAUCUAUUGCAGCUCCACUCACUGAACAGUUGAAGAAAGACAGCUUCAAUUGGGGACCGGAGGCAGAUAGCGCUAUGGAGGCUUUGAAAAGAGCUAUGGUUAGUGCCCCGGUGUUAGCAUUACCGGAUUUCAAGCAGCAGCUGGUGGUGGAAACUGAUGCAUCUGGUUUGGGGUUAGGAGCGGUCCUCAUGCAGCAAGGGCGACCCAUUGCUUUCUACAGUCAGGUAUUAUCAGGGAGGGCAAGGCUCAAAUCUGUCUAUGAAAGAGAACUGAUGGCCAUUGUUAAGGCCAUCCAGAAGUGGCGACCGUACUUGUUGGGUAGAAGAUUCCUUGUGAGGACUGAUCAAAGGAGUCUAAAAUACUUGUUGGAGCAACGCAUGGUGACAGAAGAGCAUCAAAGAUGGCUCUCCAAAUUGUUGGGCUAUGAUUUCGAGAUUCAGUACAAGCCAGGAUUGGAGAAUAAAGCUGCUGACGCCUUAUCCAGGAAGGUGGAGUGCUCACAACUUAUUGCUACAUCUGUGCCUCAGUUAGUGGAUUGGGGGAAAUUGAGGACUGAAAAUAUGACUAGUGAAGAAUUGGGGAGCUUCAGAGAGGCCAUAAGGAAGGGGGAAGAAAUACCAGCAGGAUAUACAGUGGAGGAUCAGCUGUUGCUACAUAAAGGGAGGUUGGUUUUGCCUAGGACCUCUUCCCAUAUUCCACUGAUACUCCAGGAGUUUCAUGCCAGUGCUAUUGGAGGACAUUCAGGAGGGCAGAAGACUUAUCAGAGAUUGGCUAGAGAGAUAUACUGGAAGGGGAUGAGGAAAGAUGUGGAGGAAAUGGUGGCCCAGUGUGAUACUUGUCAGAGGAACAAGUACCAAGCAUGUGCCCCUGGAGGACUGUUGCAGCCACUUGAGUUACCUGAUCAGGUUUGGUCGGAAGUGACUAUGGACUUCAUCGAAGGCUUACCCAAGUCGGACGGCUACACUGUCAUUCUAGUGGUAGUUGACCGGCUUAGUAAGUAUGCUCAUUUCAUACCGUUGAGACAUCCUUUUAAUGCCACUACCGUCGCAGCAGUUUUCAUCCGUGAGAUUGUGAGGCUUCAUGGCUUUCCUGAGUCGAUAGUCUCUGACAGAGAUAAAGUGUUCCUGAGUCACUUUUGGAAGGAGAUGUUCAAGUUACAAGGGACACAUUUGAAGCGCAGUUCAGCCUACCACUGGGAACAGAAGUGGACAAUCUCUGAGACGCCGGGAUCCCAGGUCGGGGUUUUUUACUGGCUUGGGGGUCAGGAGGAGCGGAUCUCGGAGGGGACUGAGGAUAGUGCAGUCGCCUAUGAGGGGAGUGUCAGGUGGCGGCAUCACCUGGAACCUGAGCUGAAGGACCUCAUCAAGAGCCAUAAGUGUGACUUGUUUUCACAGGACUUCUUCCCAGAAUUCACUGAUAUAUUCAGGGGUUUCAUGCAGUGCUAUUGGGAGGACAUUCAGGAGGGAGAAUUUCAGAGUUGGCGUAGAGAGAUUACUGGAAGGGAUGAGAAAGAUGAUGGAGGAAUGGUGGCCCGUGUGAUACUUGUCAGAGGAACAAGUAUAAGCUUGUGCCCCUGGAGGACUUUUUCAUCUGUGAGAGUUGUGAGGACUUCAUGGCUUUCCUGUAGUGAUGCUGACGAGAUUACAAGUGUUCCUGAGCCACUUUUGAGGAGACAGUUCAAGCAUCAAGGGUACACAUAUUGA